GGGCGCUCAACACAAGUUAUUAAUGUGGGUGCGCUACCGUUGGUUCUCCAGCGGCGGCGCCCGGGGGGCCAGUGCGGUCGGGCGGGGGCGUCAGUGACGGGUCUGCAAUGGGACUGUGAUCGCUGGAGGCUGCAGGAUGAGCGAGGGGCAGGGGUCAGAGGUGGAGCUAGGGUCAGAGGUGGGUCAGGGGUCAGCAGGUCAUGGGUCAGAGGUAGCGGUGGCCAACCUUCUGACCAUUCGGGGCUGCCCAUACACAGUGUCGGUGCUGAAGGAGGGAUACUCGUACCAGGACGAGUGUGGCCGCAGUCGUGCAGACGGCACGGUCACUCUCGUGAGGGGCCCGUUGGUGGUGCUGGUGGAUACUGGAGCCCCAGGGGACGAGGAAGAGAUUGUGCGGACUCUGGGGGGUCAGGGUCUGCGGCCCCGUGAUGUCCAGUGGGUGGUGUGUACGCACGGCCACUCUGACCAUGCCGGUAACUUGGGUCUCUUCCCCCACGCAACCUUUGUGGUCUCGCACGACAUCUCGCGCCACGACCUCUACCUCAGCCACGACUUCAGUUCCGGGGCUCCCUACCGUCUAGACGAGUGGCUGGAGGUGGUGGGGACGGCUGGACACUGUGGUAGAGACGUCAGUCUGCUGGUGCGAGGCACCACACUGGGCACUGUGGCCGUGGUGGGCGAUCUGUUCGAGCGGGAAGAUGACCAGGACAGUUGGCCGCAGCUGAGUGAGAACCCUGAGGUCCAGGCGGUCAGCAGGAAGAGGGUGUGGGCUCUGGCCGAUGUGAUAGUGCCUGGUCAUGGACCACCCUUCAUGGUCAACAGGUCACAGGGCCCAGACCCCUGUAGCCACUGACCGGUACAGGGGAGGGGAGGAGCGGGGACCAGACCCAUCCUGGAGCCGCUGACCAGUGGUGCAGCGCGUACAGUUUCCACUUUGCUCCACCUCUCCUACAGGAGGCUGAUCUAAUGUUAUUUAUCUGAUGUGAUUUUAACACUUGUACAUUGGCUAGCCCUGUGUGAAUCUGUGAGUGUAAUAAACCUUCAGCUACAA